GAGUUUUUUUUAUUUAAAUACAUUCUAGUGAUGAAGAAUUCUUCAAUUGCUCUUUUUCGAUGAAGGUAUUCUAUAAACUUCACUAUAUUCCUGAACUAUUUUCUAUAUUCUUAUUCUUCUUCAAAAACCAUUUGAAGGUUUUUAUAUUAACUGCGUUUUGUUUACAGUUCCACUGAUUGUCAAAAUAAAAUGCUGCGCUUGCAGCUUGUCAACAGUUUGAAUGGUUAUUAUUUAUGACUUGGCUGAAGAAAAUAGCUGAAAAUUAUGGUUUGGAGUUGGAGUGCAUUUGUUUCAUUGAUGGCGGUUUUAUGUUCUGCUGCGUUUGGGGAGGAAAAUCAAUCACAUCAUCGGUCGAAACGGUACCACUACAUCAACCCUGACUCACCCGUCACACUAGGUUUCCUGCUCAAGACGCCAAUUUCCUUUGCCUUCCCCGCUCUGAUAGACCCGACCCCGCGCUCACUGGGGGACCACGAGACCGAAGACCGGCUGCCGGGUUACGAGUAUCCUGAAGACCUUUUCUUAGAGCCUGCGUACGAGCAGGAGCUCGGAAGACUACAAGUAUACUUUAACUACCUCAAGGUGUCAAGGGUGGUGUGUCAGGAGAGGGUAGUGUGCGAGGUGGCUGCUGAUCCAGAAACGUUUACUCCUAUUUCAACGCUUGUGCUGAGGGAACUUAGAUUAACGCAUGGUCCCGUAAAGCCGUCGCGCGAGUCGCUGCUGUGGCGGUUCAUGGCUGCGUCCGCGACGGGGUAUGCGUACGGCGCCGAGGCCUGCGUUGAACAGUACGGGGAAUGCGAGAUGCCCGCGCGGCAACACUUCAACAUGGUGGCUUUGGCACUGUGGAACUUUGUCUGUGCUAUGCUUAAUCUUAAAUUACGUUAAAUAACAAAUUAUGCUGAUUUUUAGAUUAGAAUU